AUGAGUUUUGGUUCUGACUCUAGUUUUAGAAUUCCAAGUAACUUUGGUUCAUUAGAAUUUCAAGAUGAUCAUGCUCCACUUUGGACAUUUGUCACUAUAAAAGAUAAGCUAGGAGAUGGAGGAGGCAACAAGUUAUGGAGUUGUAAUUUUUGUGCUAAAGUGGUCAAAAGUUCAUACUCAAGAGUGAAAGCACAUUUACUUAGAAUAUCGGGUGCUGGUGUUGCUCUUUGUCCUAAGGUCACUCCUGAGUAUUUGGCUGAUUUGAAGAGAAUUUGUGAAGAAGUUGAAAAUAAAAUUAAGCCCAAAACUAUCCCACUACCUUCAGCAGCUCCAGCAACCUUAUCCCAGAAAAGAAAAAAAAUAGGAAGUGGAAAUCCUUACUAUGUUAGCUCUUAUUCAUUUGCUGCAAACCAUAACCUUAGUGGUCUCCUUCCUCCUAGUUAUAAUGCUUUAAGAACAAGUCUUUUACAACAAGAGAGAUCUCAUAUUGAAAGAUUGCUCCAACCUAUAAAAUCUUUAUGGCUUAUAAAAGGAGUUACAUUGGUUUAUGAUGGAUGGACAGAUGUUCAAAGAAGGCCAUUGAUAAAUUUCAUGGCUGUAAGUGAAGGAGGACUAAUAUUUUUAAAGGCUGUUGAUAGUUCUAAGGAGUACAAGGACAAACACUAUAUGGCCAGCAUAAUAAAGGAUGUAAUUAAUGAAGUAGGGCCAAAAAAUGUUGUUCAAAUCAUAACAGAUAAUGCUCCUGUUUGUAAGGCAGCCGGGAUGUUAAUUGAAGCUGAGUUUCAUCAUGUAUUUUGGACUCCUUGUGUUGUUCAUACUUUGAAUUUAGCAUUGAAAAACAUAUGUGCAGCUAGAAAUAUUGAUGGAAAUGAAAAUGUUUUCAAUGAGUGUCAUUGGAUCACUCUCCUAGUUGAUGAUGCAUCUUUUAUCAAGACUUUCAUAAUGACUCACUCUAUGAGAUUGACUAUUUUUAAUGAGUUUUCAUCUCUUAAAUUGCUUUCUGUUGCUGAAACUCGUUUUGUAUCAAUGCUUGUAAUGCUAAAAAGAUUGAAGUUGUUGAAACGUGCUUUGCAAAAUAUGGUCAUUAGUGACCGAUGGAAUAGUUAUAGAGAAGAUGAUGUUGGUAAAGCUGCCCAUGUGAAAGAACUUAUUUUAAAUGAUAUAUGGUGGGAUAAAUUAGACUAUAUUCUUUCUUUCACAGAUCCUAUAUAUAGCAUGCUUAGAAAAUGUGACACAGAUGCUUCUACUCUUCAUUCGGUCUAUGAAAUGUGGGAUUCCAUGAUUGAAAAAGUGAAGACAGUCAUAUAUAGGCAUGAGGAAAAGGAAACAAAUGAAGUUUCCAAUUUUUAUGAUGUGAUUCAUAGUAUACUGAAUUUUAGGUGGAGUAAGAGUUGUACUCCACUUCAUUGUUUGGCCCAUUCAUUGAACCCAAGGUAUUAUAGUGAAGAAUGGCUUAGGGAAGCUCCUAAUAGAGUUCCUCCACAUCAAGAUGAUGAAGUUUCGAGAGAAAAGAACAAAUGUUUGAAGAGAUAUUUUCCUAAUGCUGAAGAAAGAAAAAAUGUUUUUGUUGAAUUCUCGAAUUUCUCAUCUUGUGCAGCUGACUUUGCUUCUUUUGAUUCGAUUGAAGAUAGGUGGACAUUGGACCCAAAAUCUUGGUGGGUAAUGCAUGGAUCUUCUACCCCUUUACUUCAAAAGCUUGCCUUAAAGCUUCUUGUACAACCUUGUUCCUCAUCUUGCUGUGAGAGGAAUUGGAGUACGUACUCAUUCAUUCAUUCUAUGAAGAGAAACAAAAUGGAUCCAAAAAGGGCUGAGGAUUUGGUUUAUGUGCAUUCCAACCUUCGUCUUUUGUCUAGGAAAGAAGAAAAGUAUACUAAAAGGAGAGACAAGGAUGUGGGAUAUUAG